CUCCAACAUCGGCGACCUGUACAUCGGAGUCCUGCCUUAACGGUGGUACAUGUUUGACGGAUGCUAGCGGAGAAAGCAGAUGUAGUUGCCCCGAGAAUUAUAUCGGAGCUGACUGUUCUGAAUCAAUAAGCUGUACAAGCGAUGCUCAAUGUGGCAACAAGACAUGUAAGGUGUAUCAGGGUCAGAAUUAUUGUGAUUGCCGUGAUGAUUUGACUGGAUUUUUCUGUGAUGUUGCUGUUUCACAAGGUGUGCUAAUUAAGUUUAUUUAUGUUCACAUUAGAGUAAGGGGAGGGUUAAGACACUUAUCGUGUACACUAGGGAGGCAUCGCAUACAGGUAUAUCCGAGCCGGGUGAGAUAAUCUCGAUGUUCAUGUCCGGUAUUCGGCCAGAAACUUCUAAUACUGUGUUUGGCCAGAUACUGGAUAUUAAAAAAGGUUGAGUCGUUUAUUUCAGGUUAAAAAAUUAUUUGAUAUUGUUGAAUAUGUAUGGUUGUCUAUAAUAUUUUUACUUAUUGAAGCUGUCAGUAUUUUCUUGCUGGUUUGCGAAUGCAAAAAAGCGGAUUUUACCUUUUGCAACUAUGCAAGUUUAUCACUCUUUCGAUAAUUACGUCACCACUACACUGUUUUCAACUUACGACCACCUUAAAUGGAAAGGAUUUCAAGUUUUUUUCUCAUGGGCUAUGCACAGAGAAGCAGAACAUCCUUCUCAACAUAUGCGCGAGAAAAAUUUUGGAUUUUGAUCAAUAAAUAUGGAAAUAAGCAUUAACACGAAAACGAGGCUCUAGGUCAUGGCCUGGAGUCUCGUUUUCGUGUUAAAGCAUAUUUCCACAUUUAUUGGUCAAAAUAAAGAAUUCUUUUUCAUGCAUGUGUCGAAGAAGGAUGUUCUGCUUCUCUGUGCAUAGCCCAUGGGGAAAAAGCUUGAUAUCCUUUCCAUUUAAGGUGGUCCUAAGUUGAAAACAGUGUAGUUGUGACGUAAUUAUCGAAACAUUGGGUGUAUUAUUGUAGAAGUCAAAAUAUUACAAACACCCUCACUUUCCAACCAAUUAAAAUCAUUAUCGUAACUUUCUAAUCAAUUAAAAUGAAAUCUCAAACCUUCCAGCAUAUUCAGUGCACCCCUAUUGCACACCUAGUUCUAGAAUUAAACCUAAACUUUAUCAUGUUCCUCAAUUUAUUUAAUGGUUACAGCACCCCUCGGCCGUCGGAGCUAGGUAUUGGUACCACAUUGGUCCAGGGUUUUCUCCAUGUGAAGUUCUGGCUUGCUGUGAAAAAGCUAUGGCGAACAACACAAAACUAAGGGUUCUUAAUUCCGGCCUUCGCUUCCCUACUACUGAGAAUAAUGUGUAGAGAAAAUAUAGCAAAUAUAACUCCAGUGAAGCCACCAUCUCUGACCCCUUUUCAAAUUAUCCGACGACCUCAAGAUGCACUAGGUUUGAUAUCAAUCCACUUUAGUUCAAAAUAUUAUCUUUUCAUGUCCGGCGUUUUUUGUAGCUACCUGUAUUAAGCGUGUUUGACACAGCCAGGGCUUUGUCAAGGCUGCCGAAAAUUCAACCAAUAUUUUAAUUUUCAAACUGGUUAGAUAAAACAUACAUGCAAAGAGAUUAUUUACUUUAUCUUUAUAUCUCCUUUAUUUCCACUAGAUACGUCAUUCCCGUCAAGUGAAGGAAUAAUAAACAACUUAAUACACUACUGGACAUUCAACAUUAUUCCGUUUGGGAGACUAUUUGUUGAUACAAUCCGACGUAAUCAUUUUACCAGAUAUGGUACGUAUAUUCUGACACUGGUGGAUCCAACAAGGCUUUUUUAGGGGGGUACUGUGCGAGCAGCCCGGCCAAGCACACCGAACCCAGCACUGGCCAGCAGCGUACUGUUAUGAAAUUGCACUUGGUAGUUUGUUGGUUACAAUUUACAGAUAUAUUGAAUAAAUAUAAUCUAAUAUUUAGGCCUAUAUAAAAUAUAAGUACCCGAUUCUCUUGAUAUAUACUGUGAUUGUGUGAAAGACAAGAUGAAAUUUUUUACAUUUGAACAUUUGAUUGCUUUUGUAAUUUUUAUUUUCAUUGUCAAAUACUUGUAAUGUUAGACGUUUGCAGCAAAAUUAUUAAGAAUUUGCUUUAUUUAAUCCAAGUAUCAAACUAAAAAAUUAUUAAUAUUGGAUUUUGAACUAAUGUUGUGGUGCAUGCUGCCUUAAAUUCUAAAGCUUGAGUUAUUCGAAGAUUGAUAACAAACUUUGAAUACCUCAAACAUUUAAAGGGAAAUGGCAAUAUAUUUUUUUAUUUUCGUAUUUGAAAGAACUUUUGAAACUAUUUCAUAACUUCUUUUGCCGAUUCUUCAUAUCUUGCUUAGUUCUUGAAAUAUUUUCACUUGAAGUAAUGAGAUGUCAGCCAUCUUGGAUAAAUUUUUUAUCUCAUUAACGGUAGUUUUGGUGACGUCACAACAGGGAUUAACCGUAUAAAAGUAUUCGUUGUUGACCAAAUAUUGAUUGGUAGAUGUUUUAAAGGUUUCAAGUGAUCUUGAUAUUUCCAAGGGCAUACGGAGUAUAAUUUUGAGUGCAAAAUGAUUAGGGGUUGUCUAGAUAAAAAUAUUGCAUGACCCGUGUUGUGACGUAACAUGCAUAUCUACAAAAAUCCAAGAUGGCGGACAUUUCAUUUCUUUCGAUUAAAACAUUUGUAGAAGUAAGCAAGAUAUGAAAAAACGGUAAAAAAGUUUUAUAUAUGGUUUUAAAUGUUCUUUCAAACGAGAAAAUAAAAAAAUAUCUUGCCAUUUCCUUUAAAAGUAAGAUUUUGUUUAAUUUUUACGCCCUUGUGCAGCCCCUAUAUAAAUCCAUGACCACUGUAUUAUUAAAGCGAGACACAUAUGUAUACUGGAAUAACUAAAAUUAAUAUUUCCAGUUUAUUGCUCUUUAAAAAGUUCGCUAAGGAUUUUUGGAGUUGGUAGUCUGUAAUCUACAUGUAGGUUUAGAUAGUUACAAUCCAGGUAAAUAUUAUUGUGGACAGCGCGAAGUUUUGAGGGAUUCAUUUUGAAUUUGUUUUAGGCUCUCCAUCUUUGGCUUAGCGUCUCUUUCUCCCUAACUUCUCCAGUCAUGGUGGGGUUACACAGAACUGUCUUUCCUUUGCAGGGGCACAACGUCUGUACGUAUUGGGGGAGGGGUGUGUGACUUCUUCUUGCCCAACAAAAGGGCGUGGUCACCUACCAAAACCGCGCCAAAGAAAGGAAACAGAAAAUUUGCCCGACACUUGGCAAAAUAUCCCCGAGUAUCAUACCAUUUUAAACACAUACACACAUUGAUUGAAUUACCUGAUUAUUGAAAUGAUUUAAUACCUAAUUAACCUAUACUGCCUCAAUACCUAAAUUACAGCGGAACAGUAAGGAGCAAAAAUAUUCAUAGACAUGUAGCCUGCAUUGUUGUUAAUCCUGUAAGACUGCAACUACUAUGGAAACUUCAAGAUUUAUCUUGUAUGCCUUAUCAGCCUUGAAGACAUAUUGCUUCACACGGCAACACAUCGUAUAUAUUGUAAUCUUUUGUAGAAAAUUCUGAGUCCUAAAAGUAGGUUCCACUUUGGUACAGUAGAGCGUUCAAAUAGAGACGAUUGAUGAUGGUUUGCGAUUAAUCAUUGUCCCAGCUACUAUUUAAACCUAUAGAUAUUUAAAACCAAUAGAUUAUCCUAAUGGCCGAGACACCGGACGCGAUUCGAUAACGCGGCGCGAUUUUUCUCAGUGUGUCUCAGCCAUUAUAUUCAUCAUUCGCUUCUGUUUGCUAUUUUGCUCUGUAUUAUAACUAGCAUAUAGAGCGUUUGCACUUAUUCCCCAGGGACCAACUCAAGAAAGGCCAUGGCGGCCAUGUUGGUGUUCCAGACAAAAGAGUCUAAUUAAAAUUCUUUCGAAUUGGAACACCAACGCUCUAUUCACGCUUUAUUUAGUGAUCUAUAUAUAUUGUAGAAUUGUUAACGGGGAUGCCGUGUAUGGGACUUAUCGUCUCAUUCGCUUCUUUCCUUUUGGGAAACGAUGUGUAUUAAUUUAGCGAAUAACAGUACAAAAAUGUCAAUUAGAUUAUGAUAAAUUUAACUAGAUUUCAGUCGAUGUAUGUUCGUGUUUUUCAGGAGAUACGCGUUUAUACAGAUCUGAAGAUCUUGGAAAUGUAGCCAGUUUGAAUCGUUUUGGAAGUGGAUCACUAAUCUCAGGUAAUCGAUGCAUUAAAAGCCCGUCAAAAUGAGAGAUACUGUAGAAGAAAAUUGGCCAUUAGAAGUGAGCCGAUACUGUACAGGGAUGGUGGGUAAGCACCAUUAUGCAACAGACACCGGAGAAAGAAAAUAAUUUUAUGAUUUAGUUCGUUGUAUGGAGUAUAUAGUGGUAAAUGAAUAUAAAUUUCAGUAGUAUAUGAUUGUAGUACAUGAAGUAAAAAGUAUUUUGUGGUAAAUGAAUAUAAAUUUAGAGGUGUAGCUGGUUUCCCAAGAGUGUCAGCAUUUUUUAAGUAGUAUUUAGCAUUAUUGUACAAUUAUAAUCAGUUAUUCCAAUUUAUUUUUAUUCUGAUUUUGAAGGUCACAUCAAUAAUAGUUAUUUUCAUAAUAUUACUCACCCAAGAAUCGAAAAUGUUCUGACGGUUCGUACCCCAAGUCCUCCCUUGGAGAGUUUCCCUUGUUAAUUUUAGGACUAGACCACUGUUCUCAUUUUAGGUACUCUAAAAGAUCCAUGUUUGGUGGCCCCAUACAAUUGCACAGAAGGACUGACAGUUUCAUUUUGGCUGCAAUUUAUAUCUGGAGGAAUCAUAAUCCAUACAGGCAAGGCUGGACUCCACGUUUAUGUCGAAGGUGGAAAAUUCUUCAUCACCUACCAAGGCGUGGACAGAAGCUGGACCAUCGAACGUGCAUGUAUUCCUAUGGGCGUCUUCCUCGUGACAGCCACGUGGAGUGCGGCUGGCGGAUUGUCGUAUUACGAGAAUGGGAAACCUGUGGUCUCAACGCAAAUCUCCGAUCUGAGUUCGAUUUCUGGGAAUUUUGAUGACGUCAUCACUGUUGGGUAUGAGGAAACUUCGAGCGGGAAAAGAUAUUCAAGUUUAAUCAUCGAUGAUCUGAUGAUAUGGAACCGUGCCCUAAGCUCUGGAGAUGUUCGAACAAUUUAUGAUGCUGGUAAGCCGUGAAAUGUUUACAGCAUUAAAUAUUUAAAAUUGAGACGUACUCUGACUAAUUUAUUUUAAUGGCGAGCUUUCGGCUAUCAGGCUUAUAGCCUUCACUCAUUGAAGCAAGAGAUUAAAAAUAAUUUGAUUAGAGAACGUCUUAAUUUUAAUUUUAAUUUCAUAUUCUACAGUAAGUAUGUUAGCAAAACGAAUUACAUUUGAAUACAAAUGAACAAGAUUUUUUGGAGAGUGAUUGCUCUCCCAGUGAGUGUAACGUUUGAUCAGUACCGUAUCCAGCAUUUCUAGUCAAGGAGGGGCGAAAAAUCCUCGGAGGGGCCGAAGCAAUUUUACCCUGCGUUAGUUCAAAUAAAGUUUGUUUAUUUUGUGAAAAUGUAUUUGGACUUCCACACUAUCCAUGCAUAAUAUGGAACAGUCAAUUAACUAUUAAGGGUGCGGGCCGGGCUAAUGCUCCCCCGGGAGAAAGUGAUUAAAAAUAAUUUGAUCAGAAAACGUCUCAAUUUUAAUUUUUAUUCCAUAUUUUACUAUAAGUGUAAGUUAACAAAAUUAAAUUUGAAUACAAAUGGACAAGAUUUUUUUGAAAGUUAGUGCUCCCAAUGACGUGGAAAGUUAGACCAGCGAAAACCCUGGAGGGGCUCAAGCAAUUUUACCCUGCGCUAGUUCAGAUAAAGUUUGUUUAUUCUGUGAAAAUGUAUUUAGACUUCCACGCUAUCCAUGCAUGAUAUAGAACAAUUAACUUUUAGGGGAUACCUGGGGUAUGCUCCCCCGGGAAAGGUUUUCAACUCUAGAGUCAGUAAAGUGCCAUUUUCAGCAUUUUGGGGACUAUUUUAAAAUGCGGUUUGAUGAUUUGAAAUAACCAUUUAACACAUAACAACCCUACUUAAUCACAAAUGAAUCCAGAACAUUUAAAACAUAGGAAGAUAUAAAAUUUCCAUUACAAGAAAUGGAAAUAUAAUGCGCAAGUUUGUACUGGUCAGAAUUUUUCUAAGGGGGCCCAAUAUUUUGCUAUUUUCAAGCACUUUCUUGGCAUGUUAUCAAGUCGUCCAAACUUCGAAAUUCUGUUGGUGUUAAAAACUAUAAUUAUGUGCUUAUCUCCAAACGUUUUCAUAAAAAUUGGAGUUGAGCGUUUGAAUACAGAGCGUUAGAAAGUGAGGUAUCCCUGUGGGUUAAAUUUUUCCUCGUGUCCUUGUUAUGUAUAAGCGGUCUGGUGCUGAGUAAGAGCCUUGGCUUAAGAAAUUGAAGUGAGAUUUUAUACAUUGUUAUUUCAGGAGUCUCAACCUCAUUUGGCCGUGCAUCAUGUCUGUCAGGCCCAUGCGAAUCAGGAUCAUGGUGUGUUCAGGGUGCUUCAUCUACUGAACAUGGCUGCCUACAGCCCACCAGUAGUGAUUGUUCAUUUGAAGAUGAUCUGUGUGGUUUCAACGGUUUUUAUGCUACAAUAACUUCGACAAAUAGCCAAAGCGCAAUCAUCGAGAAUAUGCCGUAUCAUGAUCACACGUUUGGGAACUGUACAGGUAACAAGUCUUAUAGACGUGUUAAUAUUGUGGUAUACUUUACGUUUUGGGCACAGUUCCAUGUUCGUGUCAUAGACGGAUUUUUGGGGGUUUUUAAUUGA